AUGGCGGGGGACGGGCGGGCCAACGGGGACGUCCUGCGCAUCCUGCUGAGGCGCCGCCGCACGGAGAUCGCCCUGGCCGUGGACAGCGCCUUCCCGCUGCUGCACGCGCUGGCCGACCACGACGUGGUCCCCGACGACAAGUUCCAGGAGACGCUGCGCCGCCAGGUGCAGGAGGGCUGCCCGCAGGCCGUGCAUGCGCUGCUCUCCUGGCUGCUCACCCAGGACGCGCCCACCAUCCUGGGCUUCUGGAAGGUUCUCUUCAAGGACUACAACCUGGAGCGCUACUCGGGGCUGCAGCGGGUCCUGGACGGCUUCCCCCGAGAUGUGGACGUCAGCCAGCCCCGGAGGGGGAAGAAGCCCCCGGCAGUGGCCCCCAAGGCCUCUGCUCCGCAGCUGCCCAGACCCCCUGUCAAGAGGAAAGUGGGCGAGGAGCCUGGGGCCGCCCCACCAGCUCUGCCCGCCCAUGGCCCCAGCCCAGGCACCCAUCCCAAGGCCAAGGCCCCCAGGAAGCCAGAGAGCAACUCGGACCCACCACGCCUCCCUCUGGGCACCGGGAUCCAGACCGCGUCGGCCUCGGUCUUGAGAGGCAUGGCUGUGUCUGCCGGGGACGCGCCUGGAGCCCGGGGGGCGGUGGAGGGGACCAUCACCCAGCAGGUGUUUGAGUCAGGCGGCUCCAGAUGUAUCCAGGCCGGGGGAGAGUUUUGCAGCCCCCGUAAACUCGAGGACCCUGGAGGACGCAAGAGUAAGGCCCGCAGCGGCGGCGGCAGCAGCGUUGCGGGUGACGGUGGCCUGAAGACCCCUGUCCGAGCCAGGGAACCCCCGGGGGCUGCCUUCGGUGGAGGUGACCCCAGGGCCUCUGCCCCUGCUGACCUCCCCAGAGAGCCUCCGCUGCACCAGAACGAGGAUGAGUGUGCCGUCUGCCAGGACGGUGGGGAGCUCAUCUGCUGCGACGGCUGCCCCCGCGCCUUCCACCUGGCCUGCCUGUCACCCCCGCUGCUGGAGAUCCCCAGUGGGACAUGGCGGUGUGCAGAAUGCCUGAGGAGAGGAGACUCGUGGGAAGUGCCCCAAGCCCAGGAGCCCCACAAGGGGCCAGCAAGCACCCCGGUCCUCCUGGCUCUGAGGCCAGCGGCAGAGGAGGCGAGGGGCCGGCCCAGAGGACCGGGGGAUGUCAGUGUGACUUACAAACACCAGCUGAAGCCCCCUUCCACGGGGCCCCUGCCCGUCCUGGACCCCUCAGCUCUGCACCCCCUGCUGUGUGGGGGGUCCGGGCAGCUGCAGGGCCCCGUGGGCGCGCGCUGCGGAGUGUGCGGGAAUGGCGGGGACGCGCUGCGCUGUGCCCUCUGCGCCACAACCUUCCACUGGCGCUGCCACUUCCCUGGGGCCACCCUCUGGCCAGGGGCCGCCCCAUGCUGCAAAGCCUGCACCGAUGCUGGCCAGGGCCUCGGAGAAGGAGCCCCCGCGCCCGCCAAGGCUGGGGACGAGACUGCCACCCAGGGGCAGGUUCUGCACAGGGACGACCUGGAGUCCCUGCUGAGCGAGCACCCCUUCGAUGGGAUCCUGCAGUGGGCCGCCCAGAGCAUGACCCGCCCCCUGGCGGAGACACCCACCUGCCCUUCCUGAGCCAGGUCACCUGGCCAGGAGGCCCUGACACAUCAG